UCCAAUCCAAGUGAAAGUCUCUCUGUUUUGCAGAAAAAAAAAUAUAAUUAUUUCUACUAAAGAAAACUCCAAUAUCCUCAAUUAUUAACAUUCUUUUAUAUUUAAAGUAUUAGAAUUAUUCAUUCCAAUUGAAAAAAAAAAACUUCUUACAACAAUUGAAAAAUGUUUUAGUAGAAAGAAAAUAGUUAAAAAAUAAAGUUUUUUUUGCUGUGUUGUCUUUUUCGUUUUAUUUUUUUCAUUUUAUUUGAUUUUAUUUUAAAAUACUUUUGUGCCAACGAAAUAAGAUAUUAAAAUAAAUCUUCAAAAUGCGUUCUUCUAUUGAAUUUGAAGAAUGUUUAAAAGAUUCUCCAAGAUUCAGGCAAUACAUUUCCAAAGAAGAAUCAGAAAUCGAACAUUUGGAACAACGUCUGGAGAAGAUUAUAAAGCUUUGCACAGUUGCCGUAGACUCUGGCAAGGAAUAUGUCAAGAAUCAAAGUGCUUUUGCAAUGUCGUUGUGGGAUUUGCAACAGCAUUUUAUUGAUAACAAGAACGCACACAACGCACUUGGAAAGAUCAUUCACUGUUUCCAGGAGAUGAAUAAAUUCCAUACAAUUUUACUGGAUCAAGCCAGUCGAACGGUGUUAAAGAACUUGAGUGUAUUCGUCAAGGACGAUAUUAAUCAAGUUAAAGAUUAUAGGGGACAUUUUUUGAAAGUAUCGGAAAACUAUGACAACGCCCUUAUAAAAAAUGCUCAGGCAAAUAAAAAUCGACCACAAGAAGUGCAAGAAGCUGUAAAUAUACUAUCAGCAUCAAAAUCAUGCUUUCAACAUACAGCAUUGGAUUAUGUGAAUUAUAUUACAUUAGUGCAAUCGAGAAAGGUUCCAUCUAUAUUAUCAACGCUACUUGACUAUUACCAAGCUUGCGGUACUUAUUAUCACCAAGGCUCAGAUCUCUGCAAUGAUUUUGAUGAAUUCUUCAAGAAUCUCUCAGACGAUAUAAAUUUACUUCGCACAGACUACCAACAAUUGGAGAAAUCAAUGCAGAAUCGCCAUUUAAGUGUGAAUAGUUUCAAUGACAACAAUACCAAUAGUUCGUCAAAUAAACUCGAGGGAUAUCUCUUUAAGAAAAAAUCCAAAGGUUUCAAAACCUGGUGCCGACGAUGGUUCUAUUUGAGUGAUAAUCAACUUGUAUACAGUGAUUUGACGAGUUUCAGAAAGCGAUCCAAUGAGGAUUCAUUUUCGGUUAUGGAAGAAGAUCUGAGAAUUUGUACAGUGAGACCCGUAAACGAUGGUGAUCGGAGGUUUUGCUUUGAAGUUAUUUCUCCAACAAAGUCUCAUACACUACAGGCAGAUUCGGCAGAGAUGCUACAAGCUUGGAUCGGUGCACUUCAGAGAAGUAUUGGCGCUGCAAUUCAAUAUAACAGUAUCAAUUCAAAACCCCAAUCAUCUCUGCCUUCAAAUGCUCUGAACAUAAAAAGAAGGAUCCACUGGGAACAAUUCUUAAAGAUUCCUGGUAAUUCUCAAUGUUGCGAUUGUCGAGGCUCAGAUCCUCGAUGGGCUUCAAUAAAUCUUGGCAUAACUCUAUGCAUUGAAUGCUCUGGAGUUCAUCGCAGUCUCGGAGUUCAUUACAGCAAGGUGCGUUCACUCACCCUCGACGCUUGGGAAGCGGAAAAUGUCAAAGUAAUGAUGGAAUUAGGCAACGACAUUGUCAAUCGAAUCUACGAAGCUCACAUUGAUGAGAGCAGCAACUUGAAGCCGGCUACAGAGAAUUGUGAUAUUAGUGUGCGCGAAGCUUGGAUAAAAGCCAAAUACAUUGAAAAGCGUUUCAUUUGUGGAAUGCCAAAGGUUGAAGAGCUAGAAAAUAUCGAAUGUUUUGGUGCCACUGAAGUUGCAACAACUCGCAAAUGGGGUGUUAAGAAAUUUCGACGCAAGUAUCCAAAUGGAUCGAGCUCAAAGUCGGAUGGUGAUGAUGAGUCUUUAAACAUUCCAUCAAUGUCGCUGAGUAUAUCACGAGAGGAUCUAAUGAUUAUUGGUGAUAAUUUAAAAAUAGAGUCAUGUGAUCAACCAGGAAUUCUUGGUUCUGAUCAGGAAUCGACAGAGGGUGAAGAUGAUUAUAUUGUUGAGGAGGAACGUUUCGAGAAACUUACUUCGAAUCUGUUAUUGUAUAAGGCUUCAGGGGUACAUAAUUUGCCAGUUAUGUGUAUGGCAUUUGCUUUAGGUGCGGAUAAAAAUUGGAAGAAUUCAGAAGAUUCGAAUAGGACGUACUUACAUCAAGCGGUAUUAUCGGGCUCGGUAAUGGCUUGUGAAUUUCUUUUACUUAAUGGAGUGCCAAUCGAUGUGAUAGACGACUUUGGCUAUAGUGCUCUUCAUCUAUCCACACAAAAAGGCUGCAUUGCACAAGCAUACCUUUUGCUAAAGCACAAAGCCAAAUAUGAUAUCGUUGCCAAGGAUGGAAAGAAACCUCUUGAUAUUGCUGUUGACCAACGAAAUGCUGAUAUUGUUACAUUAUUACGAUUGACUCGACUUAACGAUGAAAUUGGUCUUAGCGAUGAGGGCAACGGCGAAGAUGAAACUUACAAAGAUGUAAUGAAAGACUUUUCCAAUUUCGCCUCAAGUCAACCAAGAAUGUUAAGAAAUCGCACCGAUACCAACACUCUCGAAUCACAAGCUUCCUCUCUAACGAAUUCCGAUUGACAAAAUUGAAUUGAUAAAUAAGUAAAACAAAACAAAAAAUGAUGCUUAAGUUGCACUCGCUAUUCCAAAUAAAUUGAGUUGCAACUGUGCCACAUACACACCCCCUAUCUGCCAACUCUUUAUACCAUUUAAACCAGCGCCUUUUAUUUAUCCUGUUAGUUCCUUAAGUAUGAUUAACAUUUGUAGCUAAUAUGCAAAUGCAAUACAAGCUUAAUUAUUAUAUCCUUGUUGUGUUGAUUGUAGAACUUGAUAGGCAAAGAAAUGAAAAUGAGAUGAAGAAAAAAACUGAAAAAGACGAAUGAAUCUGUCGUCAUUUUUCGCCCGAAUAAUAUAACAUUUAUAUAUAUUUUUGAUAUUAAAACAAAAAAAAAGGUGUUGCUUCGCCGCUCUUUUCCUUGUUCUCUUAAGUAAACUACUCUCGUGAUUGUUUAACAAAAUAUUAUUUUUACUUUUUAUAUAUCUCAAUUUUUUUAAUUAAUUAUUAUUAUUCUUAAGAUUUAAGUUGUAAAUUGUUGUAUUUAUUCAAUAUACGUUAAGUGUCUGUUAAAUAUUUUAUACAUAUUUUUGCAAGCAAAAACAAAAAAAAAAUGUGUUUGUAUGUCCUCUUUUUGUGUCUCUUCAAGCUGGCCAAUUUACAUUAUGUUAAUUGAUAAUAAUUUUUAUUUUUUUUUUUAAACACAUGCAUUAAAUAUAAAUAAAUAUUAUAUAUACUCACAUUAUUAUAAUUAUUAUGAUUUAUUGUUUCCUUUUUGUUAUUAUUGGAAAAUAAAAAUUUAAACAAUUAAGAUCUAUCAAUUACCUAGAUCCUAGACAUAUUAAAAAACAAACAAAAUAUCUGUUGUUUUUUUUUUUGAGAAUGUUUUUUUAAUGUGCCCACUUUACACACAUAAAUCAUAACCCAACGAAUGUAAUAAAAAACAUGCCUGCUAACAGUAACUUCAAUUAAUUUAAUUGAAAUAUUUAAUCGCACAUUUAUUAUAGUGACAAAAAAAGAAAA